AUGGACCGGGUAUACACCAAAUAUAUCAAAGGUCAGCUUUUCAAGAAUGGGUUGGUAAAAGUUCAAGGGGUAGAUGAAAAGUGGGUAACUGACCGAAUUCUUCACAAAGGCAAGGGAGAAGUAAUUAUUUUGACUCACAUCAAGCAAUUAAUGAAGAAUCAUCCUGAUGAAUGGAAGGUGACUAACCUUUUCGCACUGGGUAUCUAUGGCAUUGUUAUCUUCCCCAAAACUUUGGGAUACAUCAAGGCAGCUGUGGUGGAACUGUUCGAACAAUUAACUAACAUCACUUAUAAUCCUUUAGAGAAAUUUCUUACACAAAAGUGGCGAGAAGACAUUCCGAAUGAGAAAUGGGUAAAUGUAUUCAUCCACCUUCAAGAUAAGGACAUUAUAUGGAGAGCCCUUUGGCUGACUUAUAGUGACAUCCUUUAUCAAUGUGGAGACUCAAUAAACAUAAUGUUACUUGGGUUAUGGGGAGGAGUUGGUUAUUCUCCGCUUUUAGCAAUUUGGCAGUAUGGGGCACGUCAAUUUGUCCCAGUUACACAUGAGAUAUUUGGAUCAGAGUUUGCAUACCAUGAGGAAAACUACAAGAAGAAGGUCAAAGAUGUAGUUGAGCUAUGGAAGAAGAUAUUUCGUACAGAUGUCGUAGCUUCUAAAGACAUGCUUACUCCAGAUUAUAUAAAAUGUAGAAAGCUAAGGAAGAAUGAAAUCGUUCCCAUACCAGAUCAUGAAGAUACUCGGACCAUGGAAGAACAUCUUAAACCUGUUCCCUCUGAAUUAGAGAUAGCAAAGAAGGAAUUCGAAGCUGAAAAGGAGAAGCUGAAACAAAGACUAAUGGAACUCGAAGCUGAAAAAUUCCAAUGGAAGUUAGAUGCCGAUACUCAAAAGGAUCGAGAAGACAUGUUAGAAAAGGAAUAUAAGAAUGUCUUCUUUGAGUUGGAAGAUUUGAGAACAGGGUAUCAAGAGCAAGUUUAG